UCAUUGAGCACAAAUUGCAAAAGCAAUGACCACCUUCAGCUAACUAUGCUAACACAAGUGUCACCAAAUUAUUGUUAAAAUUGAGAUGAGAACAUGUCAAUAUCCCCAGCCUAACUCUGCUUUUUCCCUCCAGGUGUUCUUCUCAGCCUACAUCUUCAAUAGUAAUGUGAUGGUGAAAGUUGCCACCCAGCCGGCUGAAAAUCCCAUAGAUGUUCUCUCCAGGAAGCUCCACUUGGGACCUGGGAUGGGCCGCGACGUCCCCCGCCUCUCCUUACCUGGAAAACUGGUCUUUCCCAGCUCCACAGGAAGUCACUUCUCAAUGCUGGGAAUCGGAGACAUCGUGAUGCCGGGGCUGCUGUUAUGCUUCGUCCUGCGCUAUGACAACUACAAGAAGCAGGCCAAUGGGGAAGUCCCAAUCUCCGGACGCAUGCAGCGCGUCUCCUAUUUCCACUGCACUCUCGUCGGAUACUUUGUGGGUCUGCUGACGGCCACUGUGGCCUCCAGGAUCCACCGUGCUGCUCAGCCCGCUCUGCUCUACUUGGUGCCCUUCACCCUGCUGCCUCUGCUCACUAUGGCCUACCUGAAGGGGGAUCUGCGGCGCAUGUGGUCCGAGCCCUUCCACACCAAGACCAGCAGCUCCCGCUUCCUGGAGGUAUGAUGCACCCUGGGAAAUACCGACCAGUGCGGGGAGGACUGCGGAUCCUUUACCUUUUUAUUAGAGGGAAGGAGAGAGGGCACACUCACAGUGAGGCCAUGUUGUCAUCACUUGUUCAUGCUUUCCGCCAAUCUUCUGUGACAACCCUCAGAAGGACACCAGUGUGUGGAUCACAACGCCCCGACACGACUCAUCUUUGGUUCCUACAUCCUCCCCUGUUUCAUCUCCGCUUCCUCUUUUCUGUUUGUUUCCUCUUCAUUAUAGCACAUCCUGCCUACGUUGUAUUUGUUCUGCCCCCCUUCCUCUCUUUUUUCCUUUUUCUCUUCUCUAUAGUUAUUCCCAUUUUGCCACUUCCCUCCAAAGGCCUCGUUACAUUCGUCUGGCCUCUUGUCUCUCUCUGCGUUUCCUCCUUUUCUCUGCAUCUCUGUUUUACACCGACUCAGAUGAACUCGAGGGCCUGGCCUCCCCCUUUUUGUGGACUUAGGGUUGUGAGACAUGGCUGGGGUUUAUAUAUUUUUUUUUUAGCAUUGUCGUGGUCCUUCUUAUUAUUAAUAUUCGUACUAUUAUGGAACGAUUUAAACAAACUGAGAAGAGACGUAGUGUUGCAGUGGCACAGGACGUUGCUCGGGAGCAGUGACACAGUGAAGGAGAAGAGUCUUCCCCCUCCAUCCGUCUCCCCCCCAUCCGUCUUCCCUCCCCCUGCUUUUCUCAUCUGUCCCAUCAUCCCACCACAAUGGCUUCUCCCCUCUGACACUCCUGCGAGCCCCGCCCUCCUCCUCUCUGUCCAUCUGCUGUCCCCAUUCCCCCCCCCACACAGAUAACUAUGUAUUUUAUUUAGAAAAGUUUUAUUCUUGGCAUAUAAAGAAAUGAUGCAUUAUAAAUUGUUAAGCUGCCCCCAGCGUUUGAGGGGCUGCUUCUAUUUGUAUAUAUGUGUAUUUGCGGUAUCUUGAGUUUGUAUUUGUGUUCGGGAGCAUGUUGAACAGGGUGGGAAACUGACGUCAGCCAACAGCCGAAUUUUUGGUGAAUUUUGUCUGCCAGUUGUUUCGAGUCGACUGGUGAGCAUCCAUCAUUUAGAGGUUGUUUUCUAAAGUUUGUUGGCUUGUGUGAUAGAAACGUAGCUGAUGGAUCUUUGGUAUGAAAAAAAACACCUGCCUCGGUGGCUGGUUGAUGAAAAAGUUAGUUUCCUGCUCUCAUGUUAGAGUGUGUUUGCAUUUGUGUGUGUGUGUGGGAGAACGAAACUGAUGAGUGAAUGAUUGUUUUACUCGCUUUUAAUUUGAAUCAUGAUAAUGUUAAAAAAACAAUGACAAUAGUCAGGUUUCCAUUGAGCUGGGCGUGUUGGAUCAAACGUUGUCAUGAACACAUGACGAAUGGUUUGUGUCUAAUGUACAAAUUGACAGAAAAUCUCCACAGGGGUCACUUUCUUUUUAACGGUCCUUCUGCGGACAGAUGGAAAUGUAUACAGUGUUUUUUUUUUUCAAAUAAAUGAAUGUUGAAUUAA